AUGGAUACUAGUGCUGUUGAGCCUGAACGUGCUUUCGCAACUUUUGCUGAAGCUCGUAUAACAAUUGAAAGAUACACAAUGCAAAUAAAUUCUGUUAUAAUUCUAAGAAAGAUUACCACUAAAUUUAGUACUGUUAGUCAUAAACUUGAUAAUGAUGAUCUGAGUUUGAUAGAAAGGCUCUAUGAUAACGAACUUAGAACUAAAAAUAUAUUUUCAGUCUUGAACUCGGUUAGUUCAAAAUAUAUUCAUAAACCUGAUGUAUACAAUACAGUGAGCCGUCAAUGCAAACGUAAAUUGCAAGAUUUGAGUGAAGUUGAAUUACUUCUUAAAACUUUGUGUGAUGAUGAUAAUAUUGUAGGAAAUAUUGCCUUAAAUGAUGUAUACAAUGAUGAACAAGAUCAAGACGAUGAAUUUAUCCAAGCAGUUUUUUGGGCAUACCAUGAUUCAAUUUCUGAAUUUGCAGUAGAAAAAGAUGUUUUAAUUAUCAACGCAACUUAUAAAACGAACAGGUUCUCUAUGCCCUUAAUUGUUAUAUGUAGUGUUGAUCAGUUUGGGUCUACAUAUCCAUUAGCAUUCACUCUUGUUUAUUCAGAAAAACAAGAUUUUUAUAUUUGGAUAUUACAGCAACUAAGCAAGGUGUUAAUUGUGUUUACAGGCAAUACACAAAUAGAAACUAUUAUAACUGAUCGAGAGCUUGCCCUAAUAAUAUCUUCAAAAAAAUACUCUUCUGAACAAAAAAUAAAAAAGAAUAACUUAAUUGCUUUUAAAACUGUUAGCAUUGAUAAUACGGCUAAUUGUGAUAAACUAAAGAUGCCAGAAUUUAAGUGUAAACAUGGUUGGCCACCAAAGACAGAUACUGUUAAACAAAAUUCUAAUAACAAUGCAGUUAGAUUAUGUCUACCUGAA